UUCCUUCUCAUCUAUCAGCAUCCCUACCUCACCCCUUGUCCAAUCUUCUAAAGCAAUGUCCUCCAAAACCCAAACCCCGCGCUUCGACAUCCUCGAAACACCUGAUGGCUACACCCUAGAAGGUGAAUAUCCCGGCAUCAAAAGAGAGGAUGUUUUCAUUCACUUCCCCAAGCCCAGCACUAUAGUGAUCCAAGGCUAUGUUAAGCCCAAAGACCCCUUUGAGGGUUAUGAAGGCAGAGGGUGGUGGGUCUCGGAGCGAGUGACGGGAAAGUCUUAUCGGGCAUUUAUAUUCCCCAUGGAGAUCGACGUGGAGCGGACUGUUGUCAAGUUGGCGGAUGGGAUAUUGUCAAUCCAGGUUAUGAAACAUGACACUGGAAGGGAGAAAGAGUGGUGCGCUAAAUGGGAGAUGGUGCGUUGAUUGAGAUGUGGGGAUGUUGUUGGCGGUGGUACUAGUGACGGUCUUGGAUACGGAAUUUGGAGCGAUUGUUGAGAUGACAUCAUCGGGAUUAAAUCGGGGGGGUUUUAAUUAAAGACGAAAAAAGAAGGGUUUGGAAAAGGGAGGAAGGAG